CGCACAUGGUCUCUCCUCUGCGUCUCUCACUCACAUUUGGAGCUCAGCCUCAGCAGCUCGCUGCUCUUUCUGGCGCCUCACUGAAGGAGUAAGGAAGGACAAUGUUUCUCUGAGUUUUUUUUCAUCAUCGUUUUGAGGACAUUGCAAGUUUUACCUGGUCAUUAUGAGGAGGAACCCACUUCAAAAAAGAAAUAAUGACGUCUAAGACAACUUGAGAAGCAGAGUCUUGGACUUCUUUUUCUUGACUUUUUUUUGUUUAGUAGAUCUUAAGUUGAAUUGCAGGGACAUUUUUGGGUUUUAUUCGUAAACAAAAUGGAGCGAAUCCGUUUGGUUGUUGUGGUGCUUUUGGCCGUGGCAGCGCUUGUUCACGGAGGUGGUGAUGGCCACACGGACACCUUGACAGGUGGGAAGAGAAGAGGUCCAAGUGCCGGGCUGAUGGAAGGUGCUGAAAGAAGCCCUUUGGAGACCACCCACACCCGGGGGGAUGACGGGCUCCCGUCAAAGGCUGUCCCGAUCAGGAGCGCUCGACACCCCCGCAACGUGACCCCCCCGCAGCCCAGAGCCAGAGUGAACCGUCGGCAGAACAGCAAGUCCAGCACCAGGAGACUUGUCGGGCCGAACGUGUGCGGCGGUCAACAAUGCUGCUCCGGCUGGGCCGUGGCACCGGGAACCAACCGCUGCAUCAAACCCGACUGCCAGCCGCCCUGCCAGAACCGCGGCUCCUGCAGCCGGCCGCAUACCUGCGUGUGCCGCUCAGGUUUCCAGGGGUCCCGUUGUGAGGAAGUGGCCCCCGAGCAGGUGUACAUCCACGACAGAGGGUCUCUGAGGCGCGUGCAGCCGGGCAGCAACCCUUUCCACAGAGACCAACCACGAAGACGCCAAGAAAGCACUAAGGUCCAGACCCCGAGACCUGCGACCACCAGGCAACCAGUCCGUUCUGCGACCCAAGUGAGACGGGAACCCCCCGACUCCUCCCCUCAGCUGACGGGGACCUCCCGUACCGUCAAGCGUUAUCCGUCAUCCUCUGGGCCCAUCACCUCCAACGCGCUGCCCGGCGGCAACGCCCACGCAAAUGAGCACGGGAACUCCCAUGGACAAAGACACGGGCAUGACUACUUUCACAGGACGACCAGUAACAACCAAUUCAACAAUGUGCUGUCGCCAGCAGGAGCUAACCUCACCUCUAACUUGGACCGCAUAAAGAUUGUUUUCACGCCCACCACGUGCCGCCGGGUGUGCGGCAACGGACGCUGCUACAAUAGUUGCGAGAAAGGAGACGUGACCACCGUCUACAGUGAGACUUCGCAGCAACAGCAGCAGCAGCAGCAACAGCCAAAGACGUCGGGCUUUCGACUCUUCUUUUGUCAGAUCCCCUGUCGAAACGGAGGCCGUUGCAUUGGCAGGGACCAAUGUUGGUGUCCGUCCAACUCAACCGGGAAGUUUUGUCACUUGCCGGUUCAGCCUCACACGAAACCCGCCGUUCAUAAGGACUCUAGAAACUCCGGACACAAAUCUCCUUCCCAUUCCACGUACACGCUGCCGCUUUCCAAUCAACAAGCAUCACUUCACCCAUCCUUGGUCAAGGUCCACAUCCAGCACCCGCCGGAAGCCGAGGUCCACGUCCACCAAGUGGCUCGGGUCCAACCUGGCCAGCGGUUGCCUGCCACCGAGGGGGCUCACUCCGUCCAGCAACGCUCUCAGCCUGGCAACGGCCACGAGCUCACCGUCGAACACGGCGGCAGACACGUACACACCGGCGAGGACGAUUACGCUAGAACACAGCAUCGUCAGAACGGACAUGUGGGAAGGUGCUUCCAGGAGACUGUUGACGGACAGUGUGGAAAUCCUCUGCCGGGCUUAACCAAGCAAGAUGACUGCUGUGGCAGCGUGGGAGCCUCCUGGGGUCUUAACAAGUGUCACAAGUGUCCAAGCAAACCAGCGUAUGCGGUGAUUGCAAACGGACAAGUGGAAUGUCCUGUCGGAUAUAAAAGGAUGAACGCGACGCACUGUCAAGAUAUCAAUGAGUGCCUGCUGCCGGGAAUCUGCAAGAAUGCAGAGUGUCUCAAUAGCAAAGGAAGCUACAGGUGCAUGUGUAAGCCUGGUUUCAUGUUGGACCCUGCCAGAAGUCAUUGCGUCUCUGACAAGGCCGUUUCAGACCAGAAGGCGUUUUGCUACAGAUCGGUGUCAGCAGGAGCAUGUUCGCUGCCACUUUCUCAACACAUCACCAAGCAGAUCUGCUGCUGCAGCCGCGUGGGCAAAGCCUGGGGAGAUGGCUGCGAUCGCUGCCCUUUGCCCGAAUCUGAUCAUUUCAAGGAGAUCUGCCCAGUCGGUCACGGAUACACCUACUCCCGCUCCGAUGUUCAGAUUUCCUUGCGGCAGCUGGGCCGGGAUGAUCUUCAGAGUACCGGUUUGUCCUGGGAGGAGCAGAACCCAACGUAUCCUCAGCUGCCAUCCUCCCAGCCUCAAUAUCCCAUUUACCCACAAAGCCCACAAAUACCCCAAUGGCCCGAGUACCCAGAGUUACCCCGGCACCCGAUCGAUCCGCACCAACCUCACCAUCCCUUAAUCCCAGACAGAGAAACAUCUCGACAGCCUGAAGAUGUGGAAAUUCAAAGACCGCCAGCUGUUGUGACGGACUCGCCAUCCAAAUAUCCUGAAGUUUCUCCAAACUCACCAGCCAAGCCUGAUCCAAAGGAAACAGCCCACACAGACUCAGGAAGUUUUGACAAGUGUGCAACCACUCCAUCCAUUUGUGGCCAUGGGAAAUGCAUCCCUGUGCAGAGUGGUUACACUUGCCAUUGCGAAGCAGGAUUUCAACUCAAUGCUCUACAGACCACCUGUAUAGACGUGAAUGAGUGUGAGGAUGAGCCAUGUGAUGGAAAAGGGAUUUGUACGAACAACUAUGGCUCCUACAGUUGUCAAUGCUUCAGCGGGUACAGCCAAGCCAUCACUCAAAACAGAAAGUUCUGUCAAGAUAUUAAUGAGUGCAGCAUGCCCAACAAAUGCCAGAGUGGUCGCUGCAUCAACACGGAAGGGUCUUAUACUUGUGAAUGUGACAACGGUUUUGCCAAGUCCUGGAGAGACCAAUGCGAAGAUGUGGAUGAGUGUCAGGAUCCAAGCACUUGUCCUGAUGGUGGUUGUGUUAAUACCGUGGGCUCCUUUCACUGCCGGGUUUGCAGCACCGGCUUCAGGCCAAUCAGCGAUGGAUGUGCAGAUAUAAACGAAUGCUUGAACCAAAACAUAUGCGGCCACGGAAGGUGUGUCAACAGCGAGGGCUCCUAUAGGUGCAAUUGUUUCCAAGGAUACAAACUCGCGCUGGACAACGUAUGCCAAGAUGUGAACGAGUGUCUGCUUCCGGGGAUGUGCCUUCACGGACAUUGCGUGAAUCUGGAGGGUACCCACAGAUGUACUUGUAACCAUGGUUACCAAGUCACCCCAGACGACAAAACCUGCGAAGAUAUCGAUGAGUGCGCAUCUGGUAAAAAGUGUCCUGAAGGAAUUUGCGUCAACACGCCAGGUUCCUUUACAUGCCAGAGUUGUAAUCCUGGUUUUGAACCAUCAGAAGAUGGGCUGAGAUGUGAAGAUGUGGACGAGUGUUCUCAAGGCGACUGGUGUCUCGGCGGCGUGUGCGCCAACACGGCUGGCUCGUACACCUGCACCAGGUGUAAAGCGGGUUACAAAGUGACUCCGGAUCGACGCCGAUGUGAAGAUAUUGACGAAUGCCAGUCGUUGUCGACCUGCUCCAAUGGCAUCUGUCUAAACUCCGAGGGUUCUUACACCUGCGAGAACUGCCCGGCGGGCUACACGGUGUCGUAUGACGGAGAACUUUGUGAAGAUAUUAACGAGUGCGCGCUGCCCACGACGUGCCCCCGGGGAACAUGUACAAACACAGAAGGUUCCUACACAUGUGUCAGCUGUCAGCCUGGGUACAGAAUCUCUGAGGAUAGACAGCAGUGUGAUGAUGUGGAUGAAUGCUUGGUCGCUAACGUGUGCCCGGACCAGCUGUGCUCAAACACUCCCGGGUCUUAUACCUGCACGAGCUGCAGCUCCGGCUUGCAGCUGUCUCAGGACGGUGAUGGCUGUGAGGAUAUCGACGAGUGCCAGACACCAGGGGUGUGUCCGGCGGGCUUUUGCAUCAACACGGAGGGCUCCUACUCAUGUCUGACCUUUGACCCCGGCUUUACCGUGCCACCCGUCGGCCGCGCGUGCGAAGAUGGAAACCAAUGUGAGAACACAAGUCGCUGUGUGGGAGGUCAGUGCACCAACAACGUUGGAUCUUUCGGUUUCACGUGCCCUGACGGCCUGGAGGUAAUCGAUGGGACCUCCUGCAGAGAUGUGGACGAGUGUAGCAAAGACAACAUAUGCACUCGGGGACAAUGCCUCAAUACUGAGGGAAGUUUCAUGUGCUUAUGCGAAGCCGGUUUCAAGUACAGCGAGGACACGGCUGACUGUGAAGAUCAGAAUGAGUGUAAGGAGUUCGGAAGCUCCGUGUGCGGGACAUGGCGCUGUGAGAACACUAUCGGGUCGUACCGCUGCUUCAUGGGUUGCCAGCCUGGCCUUGAGGGAGAAGAGGCCACAGACUGCGAUGUGGACGAAUGCCUCAAUGAGACCAUUUGUGAGAGCCACGGUUUUUGCGAAAACACCGAUGGGUCCUACCGCUGCGAGUGCUAUCUGGGCUACGCCAACCCUCCUGGAGACACCGGCAAAUGUGUUGACGUGAAUGAGUGCGAGAUGAGCUUGGCGCUGUGCGGGGAGGCCCUGUGUGAGAACUUCGACGGCAGCUUCCUGUGCAUCUGCCCCAACGACAAUGAGGAAUUUGAUCCCAUCGCCAGCCGCUGCCGCUCCCUGGCUGUCACUGACCCAAAAGGCUCCGCCCCAGCGGCCCCUUCGUCCGAGGAGAGAAAGGAAUGCUACUACAAUUUAAACGACGCCAACUUCUGCGACAACGUCUUAUCCCGUAACAGCACCAAGCAGGAGUGCUGCUGCACCGUCGGCGCCGGCUGGGGCGACAACUGCGAGGUCCACGGCUGUCCCGCUCCAGGAGGAGAUGAUUAUAACCAGUUAUGCCCUCACGGCAGCGGCUCCAUCCCCCUGCCAGCUUCGUCCACUCAAAAUCUGGCAGAACGACUCUACAUAGAUGCAAAUGAAUGCGAAAUGUUUGGACCUGACAUUUGUAAGAACGGACAAUGUGUCAAUCUCUUCUCCACCUAUACCUGCUACUGCCGCUCGGGUUUCUACUACGACAACGUCCGACUGGAGUGCGUCGAUUACGACGAAUGUGAAUUCGGAAACGCCUGUAUUGAUGGAGCGUGCGUGAACACGGCGGGCUCGUUCAACUGUUUCUGCAGCCCGCCGUUAAUGCUGGACGCCACGCUGCGGCGUUGCGUAAGCGUCAACACAACAGAAGAAACUGUGGAGUCCAGCCUGGACGUGCACAUGGACAUCUGCUGGCAGCGUUUGGAAGGCGGCGACACGUGUGUCGGACCCCUGCAGGGUCGCAGAACGACCUACACCGAGUGUUGCUGCCUGUAUGGAAUUGCAUGGAGUGGACAGUGUGCCUUUUGUCCAAGGAAAGACUCUGAGGACUACGCCGUCAUGUGCAACCUCCCUCUGAGAGGAGGUUCAGACAGUCUACGAGAGCGGCCGAGCUACGAGUACGGCGUGGACGGGCCCGAGGAUCCCGUGGAGCCUUUUGUUCCGCCCUACUGGGACAACUACGGCGGCCCGGCGGGACCGUACGACGUUCCCGCGAGCGUCCCCUUGUUCAACGAUAACGAUUACGGCGUCCGACAGCCGCCAGCGCGAGUCCCCGUUCAUCGACCUCGUGAGCAUCAACCUCGGCCGGUGGAUUCCUUUAAUGAGCGCUACGAUGCCUUUGAAGGUCUCCAAGCGGAAGAAUGCGGCAUCCUGAACGGUUGUGAAAAUGGACGCUGCGUUCGCGUGAGGGAAGGCUACACCUGCGACUGCUUCGACGGUUACGAGUUGGACCUAAACAAGAUGGCCUGCAUAGAUAUCAACGAAUGCGAGGACAUCAGCGACAAGGUGCCGUUGUGUCAGAACGGCCACUGCAGCAACACAGAAGGGUCGUACAAAUGCACCUGCUUGCCCGGCUUCGUGGCCUCCGACAAGCCCCACAAAUGCAACCCGGCUAUCCCGGCGACAGAGCUCAAGCAAACGGGGAACUGAGACCAAGAGAUGGACGGCCGUGGAGUUCUCCUGCUUCCUUAAGAAUCAUCUGCUUAGCCAUGAGCCUAAUGAGGACAAUAGAAAAUAGAUGGAUGGCACUUAACAGAUGUUUAAAAAAAACUUUUUCUUAUUCUUCAUUCCACUUCUUCACACGAAGCUGAACAGCACCGUCUCAAAUGUGCCGACCAAGAGCUGGGAAGACAAUACAACCAAACGUUUCAAAAAUAAAGUGCUUCGCUGCCGCCUCUAAAGACUCGAGAUGUAUAUGAGGAUCUGAUGAUAUGAUGUUCUGUAAAGGUGCAAUACUUGCCUUCAUCUGGUUUGACCACUUUUUUUUAAGACUUAAAAAAAAAAAAAAUCCAACCACCAGUAUUAACUUAUUUUAUUCUGUUGACAAAGGAGCAAGAUUCUCAAAGCGGGAGGCUACAUUUAGUCUCAAGACCCGAUCAACCAAGUAUAACUUUUUUUUUGUUGUUUUUUUUUUAAGUAAAAACAAAUUUGUGUACACAAUUCAAUCAAACGUUUCAUUCCCACUAAGACAAAGGCUCCAUUGGAGAGGUUUGGUAUAUUUUGUACAGCUCUAGCUCUAUGUAUUUUUUGUUAAAUAUCAUUUUAAUGCUUCCUACAUAGCACGACCAACAUUUGUUUUGUUUGUUUGACAUAAAACACAAAAUCUGGAAAAAAAUAUAUAUAGCUUUGUAGAUUUAUACAUCUGUAAAAACAAACAAACUAUUUUUUAAAAGCAAAUCUUUUUAUGUGUGAGGAGAGUGACUGACACUGUACCAGAGGAACUGUGUGUGUGUAUAACCUGCCCUGUGGAGCAGAAUAUGAACUAUAUAUUUUUGGGGGGGAAGUGACAGCACUGUUCUUAAUUUGAUGGCCGACAUUUUCCAUUUCAUUACAAAGACAACGCUUUUUGAAUUGUAAACACCGAUUUCUGUAUGUUACAACUCUCUGGUUGAAUAUUAACUGUUGUUUUUCUGAGUCAUGAAUGUAUCAUAGACAGCCUACAUGCUUUUUUCUUUAUUGCAACUUAUGUUUGUGGUUCAGGUUUAAUUUAAUCAUUUGUUUAACUGGCACCUGGCAAAACACAAUCAUGGCAGCACAGUCUAAUUCCAAUAUCCCCCUUAACCUGCAUUAAUGAACUAUAAAAGCUGCAAUUACGCAAAUGUUUCCAUGCGAUGUGCACUGUACUUUGAUUGUGCUGCUCUAAUUAUCACCUGAACCAGACGGGAAGUCUAACAUUUGGGUCAGAGUUGGAACAAUCAAGGCUCCUGUAAAAGCCACAAAUAACCUAGUGGUAAUGUCUCGUUGAAAUGCGGGUGGCCAUCGGAAAUAUCACGCUCAUUCGUUUUGUUUACCUCUUGACUGUAAUCACUGUCAGUCAUCCAAAUAAAAAUGUAAAAAUAGA